UUUUAAUGUGGUUACUUGAAAUUGUUAUAUUGUACCUGUGCCUUGCAUUAUGUUUCCAUCGGACAGGUCUAGGCAGUGAUCAUCAAUGGCUGUGUCCCCACUAACAGUCUCAUAACACCUCAACCCACUGACCAAUAUUAACAUCACAAAAAGAGAGAGAGGAGACCAGUCAUAUCUUGCUGAUGUGGUGCAAAAGGAAGUACACACCACCACCUGUGAAUUCUUGCCAAAAAAUUGAUCCUGAAUCUGAUCAAACCGAUUUAACUAUCAGUUUUCAGGAACUACAGGGUACAGAAGAAUAUGUUAAAUGACAAAAUGGGGAUGCAAUUAGCCAGAUCCAGAAUUUGAGAACUUUUAUGGGAUAAAUGACCUGUUUCUUCAUUAAAAAAAAAAAACAAGAAACCAACCAACAACAAAACAAAACAAAACACGGGGAAAAAAUGGCAGAGGAGUAAAUAUAGGAAUGGAAGUUGAAGCCAGGGUCCCAUCUCUACUCACUGCUACAAAGGUAUAAGUCCCAAAUCCCUAAAUGAUCAGAAGCCAUUUGUCUCGAAGGGAAACAGGGGGAGGAAAUCAGAAACGGAGAAGAGACUGGACUACAUUUUGCUUUUCUCCACUCUUCUAUGCUGAAUCCCUCCCCCAAAAUAUGUUGAAGUCCUAACACUCAGUACCUCAGAAUGUAACCUUAUUGGAGAAAGGAUCUUUAAAGAGGCAAUUAAGUUAAAAUGAGGUCACUGGGGUGGGCUCUAAUCUAGUAGGACUGGUGUCCUUACAAGAAGAGGCUAUUUGGAUACAGACACAAACAGAGGGAAGGUGGUAUGAAGACACAGGGAGACGAUGGUCAUCUACAAGCCAAGGGGAGAGGCCCUCAGAAGGAACCAAUCCUGCUGUCACCUGGAUCUUGGACUUCUAGCCUCCAGAACGCAUCUCUGGAUGUAGGAAGUCCAGUUGAACAGCCAUGGAAUGGGACAAUGACACAGGCCAGGCCCUGGGCUUGCCGCCCACCACCUGCGUCUACCAAGAGAACUUCAAGCGGCUACUGCUGCCACCUGUGUACUCGGUGGUGCUGGCAGCCGGCCUGCCACUGAACGCCUGCGUCAUUGCCCAGAUUUGCACAUCCCGCCGGGCCCUGACCCGCACAGCCGUGUACACCCUGAACUUGGCCCUGGCAGACCUGCUGUAUGCCUGCUCCCUGCCCCUGCUCAUCUACAACUAUGCCCAAGGUGACCACUGGCCCUUCGGAGACCUUGCCUGCCGCCUGGUCCGCUUCCUCUUCUAUGCCAACCUACACGGCAGCAUCCUCUUUCUUACCUGCAUCAGCUUCCAGCGUUACCUAGGCAUCUGCCACCCUCUGGCCCCCUGGCACAAGCGUGGGGGCCGCCGGGCUGCCUGGCUAGUGUGUGGGGCUGUAUGGCUGGCCGUGACGACCCAGUGCCUGCCCACAGCCCUCUUUGCUGCCACAGGCAUCCAGCGUAACCGCACGGUCUGCUAUGACCUGAGCCCACCUGCCCUGGCCACCCACUACAUGCCCUAUGGCAUGGCCCUCACAGUCAUCGGCUUCCUGCUGCCCUUUGUUGCCCUGCUGGCCUGCUACUGCUGCCUGGCCCGUCGUCUGUGCCGCCAGGACGGCCCAGCAGGGCCUGUGGCCCGGGAGCGGCGUGGCAAGGCAGCCCGCAUGGCUGUGGUGGUGGCAGCUGCCUUUGCCAUCAGCUUCCUGCCUUUCCACAUCACCAAGACAGCCUACCUGGCAGUGCGCUCUACGCCCGGCCUCCCCUGCCCUGUGCUGGAGGCCUUCGCGGCUGCCUACAAGGGCACGCGGCCCUUCGCCAGUGCCAACAGUGUGCUGGACCCCAUCCUCUUCUACUUCACCCAGAAGAAGUUCCGCCAGCGGCCACAUGAGCUGCUACAGAAACUCACAGCCAAGUGGCAGCGACAGGGUCGCUGAGUCCACUGGGGCAGGACACGUGGGGUCUGGGCAACCAUUGUGUCUGCCACUGUGGCUGGGACACCAGAAGCUCCACCAGCCCCAAACCAUGCAAAGAAUUAGAGCUUAGCUCAGCUGGGCAUAGAGUGAGACCCCCCACGGACCCCAAAACUUCACCAACAACUAUUUAUUAAGCCCUUUUUCUGAACCAGGCCCUGUGGGUACAGAGAGACAAGCCUGGGCCUGGUUCUCCAGAAGGUCUCAAGAAGCCAUGGAGAGUUGGGGAGAGAGUUAAGCUGCUCACAAAGAUAUAGUACGACAUGUACUGUAACUGAGGAGUAUACUGCAUACUUUGGAGUCACCAAUAAAGGGAGUAAGAGAAGGUGGGAGGGGGAAGUGAGAGCUUCUGGGAAGGGCCAUUUGAGCUGGGUUUUGAGGGAUGAAUAUGAGAUCUCUGGGGGAUGUGCUAUGUUCCAUUCAUUCAUUUGGUACUCCUCUGCCGCCGCUCCUCAUCCUCUCUGCUCCUUGUCCUCAUCUCCACACACAACCCCACCCCAUCCCCGCUCACUACUCCUCCAUUCCUUAUUCCCUCCUCCCAGAUCUGUUUUCCUCCUGUGGAACCAUCUGGCCAGCCCAUGGCUGCUAGUAUGUCACACAGACCCAGUACUGGCAGAACCAGCCAUGGCAAAGGGAGUCUUCCACCUUAGAAGGUUAGAGCGGGGAGAGGAAAGGGCAGAGGGACAAAGCAAGGAGGGGAAGGACUGUACAACUUCUUCAGUAUUUUUCUUUUAGCCCUGCCUAAUCUCCAAGGCUGUUCAGCCAAGGGGACCUUUACAGAAGGGCUCUGCAGGAGUUAAACUCCACAGUUAUGUCUGAGGUGUGCUUGCAGCUGGUGGAGGAAGGGGGAAAACCAGGCCCCAACCCAUCUUGGGGAUCCAUUGAAAGUGUCCUUGCUGGAGAGGCUGACAAUUUGGACAGAAGGCAAUUUGAUUCUUUGGGUCACAGUGAGACAGAUGUGUGGGAACAUCAGAAGACAGAGACUGGUUCUUAGUCCCCAUAUAGUGCAAUGCUGUGCCAAGCAGUCCAGGUGUUACCCAUCUUGCAUCUGAGACCAGGCUCUUCAGCUGCCUGUCACGGGGGAGUAAGAGAUGGGGGAGCAGAAGGCAGAGGGCCUCCGCCAACGGCCCAGGCUGAGCGUGGCAGCGAGUCCCAGAUGACUGUCCCAGCAGGAUGCCAAGAACUGUGACCCCUUGGUUACUUUUCCAAGAGUGGAAAUUGUGGGCCACAGGUAAAUUCCAUUCCCAGCUUCCCUUGCAAGGCAGAAUAGCAUAAAAGUUUCAGACCCCAGAGCCAGAUCACCUGGGUGUGUAUCCUGGGUCUAUCAUUUACUAGCUGUGUUACUCUGGGGAAGUUAUUUAACUUCUUCAUACCUUAACUUCCAUAACUAUAAAGUGGGAGUAAUAAUGGUACCUAUUUUGUAAAGUUGUGGUGAGGAUUAAAUUAAUUAAUAUGUGCAAAGCACUUAGAACAACGCCUGGAACUUAGUAGGCAUGCAAUGAAUGUUACUGUUAUAAUGGUUUCGCCUUUUGCUCACACAAGUUCCUCUAGGGUCUGUCUCUAGGAAUAGGCAUAGGAGGUUUCUAAACAAGGAGCUUUAAGCAGGGGAGAUUGCAAGGGUUUUUCUUUCUCCUUUAGCUAGGAGGCAGCUAGUCUUUUAAGAAAAAAAAAUUCAGCACACUUUUUUGAGAAUAAGAGCCAUAAUCCAUGAGCCCCAUCUGUUCCUAUAAGAAGGAAAAAUCAUUUAUUACAUGCCAGGACCAGGGAGGGAUUCCAAACACCAUUUGGGAGGCUUGAAUUCCUCCUUCCCUUCCCCCUCCUUUUGUUCUUUUCCUCUUCCCCACCGCCCUUCUCCCUUCUCACUUUAACCCAGAGCAC